AUUUAAAACGAGUCGAAGUGUCGAAUUUCCCACAGCGUGGUGGCAGAGCAUGCAUCCCUCAGCCACUCAGAUGUCAAGCACAAUCUCAUACUCCGAGCGAAGCAUUUCAAUGACAAACGCACACAAGAUUCAGUCAGUCUUUCUCUUCUCGCCUUAAACAACCAUUGGAAGAUCAAUACAAGAUGGACUGCAAUGGAUCCACAACCCAAAUGCUCUCUCUCUUGUUCCUCUUCCUCUUCACCAUCCUCAUCUACAUCAAACGCUCACACAAGCACCGCCACGGCGACCUAUCGCCCCCCCAACCUGAGCACCCGCCUUCGCCGUCGCCGCGACUCCCUAUUAUAGGUCACCUCCACCUCCUCACCGCCAUGCCCCACCACGCCCUCGCGGACCUCGCCCGCCGACUCGGCCCUAUCUUCCACCUCCAACUUGGCCAAGUCCCCACCAUCGUCAUCUCCUCGCCGAGACUGGCGAGGCUUGUGCUCAAGACCCACGACCAUGUCUUUGCGAACCGCCCCCAGCUCAUCGCUGCUCGGUACCUCUCCUUCGGCUGCUCUGACGUCACCUUCUCCUCCUAUGGCCCAUACUGGCGCCAGGCGAGGAGAAUAUGCAUGACCGAGCUGCUCGGCUCAAAAAGGGUGGGUUCCUUCCGACAAGUGCGCGAGGAGGAAAUGGCUCGGUUACUCGGCGUGCUGCGAUCUCUCUCGGGGUCGGAGGUGGACAUGAGCAAGAUAUUCUUCGGGCUAGCCAACGACGUGCUAUGUAGAGUGGCGUUCGGGAAGCGGUUCGUUGCAGAGGGUUUUGGAGAGGGAGACAAGAGCCAUUUGGUGAGAGUUUUGACUGAGACUCAGAAUUUGCUUGCUGGGUUCAGUGUGGGGGAUUUCUUCCCAAGGUGGGAGUGGGUGAACUGGGUCACUGGUUUAGAGAGAAGGUUGCAGAACAACUUGGUAAGUUUGAGAAGUGUUUGCGAUGAGAUCAUCGGAGACCAUGUGAAGAAGAGAGAGAGGAGGAUCAUAAGUCUCGAUGCUGAUGAUGAUAGGGAAGAUCUAUUGGAUGUGCUGAUGAGGGUGCAACAGGAGGACUUGGAAGUGCCCAUCACAGAUGAUAAUCUCAAGGCUCUAGUCCUGGACAUGUUUGUAGCCGGAACCGAUACAACAGCGGCAACUCUAGAAUGGACCAUGACAGAGCUAGCCAGAAACCCUAGAGUAAUGAAGAAAGCACAAGAAGAAGUUUGCAGAAAUGUACCCACUAGUGACAAGCUUGGGGAGGGACAUCUCCACGACCUACAUUACCUAAAAGCCGUGAUCAAGGAAACAAUGCGACUACACCCGCCAGUUCCACUGCUGGUUCCGCGGGAAUCCAUGGAGAGAUGCGUGCUCGACGGCUAUGAAGUACCUGCAAGAACUAGGGUGCUGAUAAACGCUUAUGUUCUUGGGAGAGACAGCGAGUCAUGGGACCAACCCCUAGAGUUCAGACCCGAGAGGUUCGAGGGUAGUGACAUUGAUGUGAAGGACCAAGAUUUCAGGUUUCUACCGUUUGGGGGAGGACGAAGAGGCUGCCCUGGGUUUGCUUUCGGUCUAAGGACUGUCGAGACUUCAUUGGCAAAACUCCUGUAUCAUUUUAAUUGGGCAUGGCCGCCAGGCGCUAAAGCGCACGGUAUGGACCUAAGUGAGAUCUUUGGCCUCGCUACAAGGAAGAAGACGCCGCUUGUUCUUGUACCAACUGUCCGCCAACGUCAGGAGUUCUAGCUUUUAAGGAGGAUAUGCUUAAGAGAACACAAUGAGACAUUUCUUCUGAUGUAAGCCAAUGCAAUUAGUAUUACUCUGUCUAUGCUGCCAUAGCUGUUUCUACCAGUGUAUAAUAUGCAAAGUUUGAAGUUCUUCCCGGACAAUGUAACAGGACACAUUACAAAUCCGUAGUUGCCAACAAUCAAUAUCUAAGAGAUGCUGUAUUUGCACGCGGAGAUGUUGCUAAGGGUAACCCGGUUGGAUUGACAGAAAUUUCCAAAAAUUUCACAAAGCUAAACUGUGCAGGGAAGUUUAAUUCGUAUGCCUUACUUUGCCAGAAUCUGUGUAAUCCCUUCAGCAACCUCCAUCUCAAA